AUGGGUAACGGUCCUAGCUCACUACAGACAAAUAUCAACCAUGCAGCGUACUUCUCCAACUUGAGGUCUAUAGACCACGACUUGCAAACGAUUACAAGUAACAGAAGUAGCUCUUCAGCGCUUGUUAGUAUAUCUGCAGUCCAGCCAGGACAGCAGACGAAGAGUACGAACUCCAAUCCUACAACGCCGUUCAAUUCAUCAAGCAUCUUGCAAGAAGCGAAUCGUGUCCAAUCUUGUUCGUCGAAGGAAUUUAUCCGGAGAUCCACAUUUUGGAAGACUGUGGGAGCCAUCGCUGGAUUCUUUCUCAUAGCACUCUUCGCCGCGUUAGGACACUAUAUGCUAGUCAAGGGUCUAAAUGGGACGCCUCUCGAGGCUAGCUUCCUCACCCAGACUCAGUUCUCGGCUGUCUCUAUAUUGUUAAGCACAAUCUUCAAAGCUGCACUGACAGCCAGCAUGGGUACGUGUUUCGCACAACACCUCUGGUACGUUUUGCGUGGAAAGGCGAUGUCUCUUUCGAUGGUCGAGAUGCUGUUCGUAAUUCGAAACGACUUAUUCGCAUUGCUCAGUCCACAAGGGAUACGGAGAGCGCCUUUGCUGUUUCUUAUGGCACUUCUAAUCUGGUCUCUUGGGAUCGCUGUCAUUUAUCCACCGGGUGCGCUCACCGUAAGCGUCAGGACUCAAGAGUUUACUGAGUAUCACAACAUGUCUAUAAUGAACCCACCCGUUUCACCGCAACUCGACUUUUCCGGAGACGAAAGCUUCCCUACUUUAAGCAGAGGAGACCCACUACACGGGCCUGACAAGGUCUUCUUAAACUUUCCACUAGAUCCAGAAGUUCGAAAAUCCAUAUCCAUCGACAAGAGUUUAUCACAGAUCCCUUUGGAUGCUGACAUCCGACAAUUCAUAUAUAGUGGACCUUCGAACCGCCUGGUGUAUCUCGCACAGACUAUAAAGAACAGCAACCAGAUAUCUACCUUCCCAAAUCACCCAGGAGAGAAUUCCACUUACAAUUUGCAAUUCAGAGGACCUCAAUUCAAAUGCACCACGUCAGAGUACAACAUCACUCUUUCGGCUGAAUACGAUCCGAAGGAACUCAUGGUACCCAUCUGGGUAUCGUCAUGGGACGAUCAAAAGCUUAUCCAUUCGUUGACACAAUAUGAUAUCAAAACAUUCAAUGCCCACUGUAGGUCCAACAAUAGCCUAGUCUGGAACGCACAUGCUGUGGCGAAUGAGCAGGUCUGCAAAUCUGUCUCCGUACUCUAUAACGUCAGCGUCACAUUUCCCGGGGGCGUCCAGACAGUGAACUACUCCAUCAGCGAUGCAAGAACUCUUCCGCGAAGAGUGGACAUAUACGAUACAAUCGACAUCUCGGGCGCCUACGAUGACCCGAAUCUUAAUCCGGGCAAAUUGUAUGGAAUACAGCUUAGGCUUCCAUCGAUACCAGAAGCAUUUGAAGAAUGGCACCAGAAAGUAUCAGAAGCUAUUCCUAUCUCUAAUGAGUGGGCCAUCCUGGACUCAUUGAUGCCCUUUCUUGAUAAGACAUAUUUCCAUUCGCAGUAUCUGCCCUCAGAUGCGUUAUCGCCACCAGAGCUUUUGCCUCUGCAGCAGCCAAUGGUUUUGGAUGGCAAUUGUCAACAGAAAGAGGAGUCACCGAAUUCUACAGACGAUUCUGUACGUGAGAGAUGGCCGGGCUACCUCAAUUAUAGGUCCGAUCCCUACUUGAGAGGUUCCGUUUUCCACAAGUCUCGAUACAACGAACACGAAGGACUCGACCCAAGACACGCGUUUAAUCUCGCCGAGAACAUGCUUAAUGGGGUUUUAGCCAAUAUCACCAUGUCUGCUAUAUCACUCGGCACCUGGUGGGACAUGGUGCCCGUAACAAGCACAAGAUACAGCAGCACAUACACACUUAGUAAUCCGCUCAACCUCGUCCUUCCAUACAGUAUCUGCCUAGCCGCAGCAAGCGUGUUCGUCAUCAUCUCGAUUUGGUCCUUGUGGCGUAAUCGCGCGCCUGCAGCCGAUGGCGGCUUCCUUCAAAUCAUGUUAGCGACCGUGGGAAACACGGAGUUGAGUCGAAUCAUGCUUGAAGAAGGCGUAGCUACGAUCAAUGAUAUGUCAGAUGAGCUGAAAAGCUCAAGGAUCAUAUAUGGAGAGCUGGUCUAUGAGGACGAACUGGGGAGAAAAGGUAAACGAUAUGGAUUUGGGACAGCAAGUGAGGUCAUUUCGCUGGGAAGAGAAGAUGAACGUGUCUGA